AUGGUCGGUGACCAAGGAGCUGGCAAGACCAACAUGCUCGUUUCCUACUGUAAUAACGAGUAUCCGGCCGAAUACAAGCCGACCGUGCACGACUACUACACAGUUCGACUUGGAGUUGAGGGGCGACAAACUUCGGUACAGCUCAUCGAUACUGCUGGCAAGCCCGAAUUCGGACUCUUCAGAAGAUUGAGCUAUCCAGACGCGGAAGUGUUUUUGCUGUGCUUUGAUGUCUGCGAUCCGAGAGCGUUUGCCAGGGUUAGGGAUUAUUGGUUCAUGGAGCUCAAGGAUUAUAAAAGAAAGACUCCUGUAAUUCUCGUCGGCACCCAAAUCGACCGCCGCGGCGACUUCAACGAAAUCGCCCGUCUCGGCCGCCAAAACCUCCGUCCGAUCACAACUCAGCAAGGACAACAAAUGGCCCGCAAAAUACGCGCCAAAAAGUACAUCGAAUGUUCCGCUCUGACGAAAAAGAAUCUGAAGAGCGUCUUUGAUUCCGCCAUUGUUGCCGGCCUGGACGAACAACUAAAACUUCAAAAACGACUACAUGCUUCCUCCAGGCUUAGUUUCGGGUCUAAAACCUUCACUUCACAUUCUUGA